AAUCUUGUUAUCCCAUUGUUUCUAUCCUUUUUCUUUUGAAUCCCUCUCCAUUCCAUUCUUUAUUGUGAUAUAUUCUCCCUCAUCCUCUUUUACAGUACUUGAUAACCAAAUAUCGAUACCCAUAAACAUACAUAAAUAUAUAUACACAGAGAGAGAAUUACAGACUAAAUAAAUACAGAAAGAGUGUGUGUGAUUUAUGGAGUUUAAUAAGUAUGUGAGUGUGCGUGUGUUUAGACAGAGAAAGAGAGAGAUGCAGAAGCACAGUUGGAGAACAUUGGGAUCACUCAGGAAGCUGCUAACUUGCGCCAUAUGCUCAAUUGCAAUGGUCGCUGUACUCUCCGUCCACCUACAUGUUUUCCCUUCCUUCAAAGUGCCCGACCCUUUCAAGUUCCCUACGCAAUAUGAAUUUGGACACCAAAAAUUGAGCAGCGAGCGAAGUUGGAUAAAAGAAUUUGUGCCUCCCCAUCUGUCGAAAACCCCCCUCUCUUCUCGCAAGUUGAACAAUGCAAGUGGGAUUUUCAAUCCUGACAAAUUAUGGAAGCCGCCACCAGAUCGAGGCUAUGUGCCCUGUGUUGAAUCAAGUUCAUCCUACACAAAUCCUGGAGAGUCACAGGGUUACCUGCUCGUUAAUACAAAUGGCGGGCUCAACCAGAUGCGAGCUGGGAUAUGCGACAUGGUUGCUGUAGCCCGCAUACUAAAUGCUACUCUCGUAAUUCCUGAACUUGAUAAAAGAUCAUUUUGGCAGGACACUAGCAAUUUUUCUGAAGUCUUUGAUGAGGGUCAUUUUAUUAAUUCCUUGUCCAAUGAUGUAAGAAUCAUUAAAGAACUCCCUGAGGAACUGGCAAAUGCUACGAGGGCAGUUAAACAUUUCAGAAGUUGGUCUGGUAUUGAUUACUACCAGGAUGAGAUAGCGAACAUGUGGGAAGAUUAUCAGGUCAUUCGAGCUGCUAAGUCUGAUUCACGACUGGCUAAUAAUAAUCUGCCUCCAGACAUUCAGAAGCUGCGCUGCCGUGCUUGUUAUGAAGCCCUCCGUUUUGCACCUCUAAUUGAGGCAAUGGGAAAAUUGUUGGUCGAUCGGAUGAGGUCCUAUGGUCCUUACAUUGCUUUGCACUUACGAUAUGAAAAGGACAUGCUUGCCUUUAGUGGAUGCACACAUGAUUUAUCCCCAGAUGAAGCUGAUGAGUUAAGGAUAAUCAGAGAGAACACCACGUAUUGGAAAGUAAAGGAUAUCAAUUCCACAGAACAGAGAGCCAAAGGGUAUUGCCCCUUAACUCCGAAGGAGGUUGGAGUGUUCCUUACUGCUCUUGGAUUCCCAUCGAAAACCCCCAUUUAUAUUGCUGCUGGAGAGAUAUAUGGGGGUGCAUCUCAUAUGGCUGAUCUGCAAUCCCGCUUUCCCAUUUUAAUGAACAAGGAAAAUUUGGCAUCAGUUGAGGAGCUUGAACCUUUUAUUAAUCAUGCAACUCAAAUGGCUGCACUCGACUACAUUGUAUCUGUUGAGAGUGAUAUAUUUAUUCCAUCAUACUCCGGAAACAUGGCAAGGGCAGUUGAAGGUCAUCGUCGUUUUCUAGGACAUAGAAAAACUGUGUCUCCUGACAGGAAGGCCCUGGUUCAUCUUUUUGACAAAAUAGAGCAGGGAAAAAUGGAAGAAGGAAAAAAGCUAUCAGAUCGGAUUAUUGAAAUCCACAAAAGGCGGCAAGGGAACCCGCGGAAGAGAAAAGGCCCUAUUACAGGAACAAAAGGCACGGAUCGAUUUCGUUCAGAAGAGGCAUUUUAUGUUAACCCUUUACCAGAUUGUUUAUGUCAGAAAGAAACGCCAAAUAUGAAUACUUCUCUAAUUAUCAAGUAGAUUAGACUUGGCAAAGUGAAUUCCUUUUGUAAAAUAUCCUCUUGUUGCUGGGUUGGUGGCAUGUUUCAUUUUCUAUUACUCACGGAAGCUUGAGCUAAUGCUGCCAUUACCAGAGUUGGGAUUGAGGGCUGUGUAUAUCUUGAGACUAAUUUCUCGGGAAUUCUAUACGUAAAGAUUAUACGGAUUGCAUCAGGAUGAAGGACAUGGGUUGAUUGAGACAAAGCGAUUCAUUCUACCACGAACGGCUUUCUUUGGACUGAGAAGUUGCUCAAGUGCAAGAGGAGAUUGAUUGGGUGAUACAAUACUGCAUUGGUGCUGUUACAAUAAUGUGCUCUAUAGGGAUGUAUAUGUUUCAUUCACGGACAUUCAAUGCAAUCAUGGAGAGAAGUGAUUCACUUCCCUCCAUUCUCAAUUCUUAUAAUAAUAUACACUCAUGGAAACUCAUUCUUGGUA